GAUCUCAAGUCCUCUUGCAAGCAGGCCCUCUCCUUUUUUACAGGGAGAAAAAGAAGAAGGGGUGCUGCUUCGCAGAUCGAAUCCAAGAUUUAUGUUCUGAGAGACCCCUUUUUUCUAUAUUUAACGAUAUGGGUAUUUUGUUUACAAAAAUGUUCUCUUCCCUGUUUGGUAACAAGGAGGCUCGGAUCCUCGUUCUCGGCCUUGACAAUGCCGGCAAAACCACCAUUCUAUAUCGACUCCAGAUGGGUGAAGUUGUCUCGACAAUUCCAACGAUUGGAUUUAAUGUCGAAACAGUACAGUACAAUAAUAUCAAAUUUCAAGUUUGGGAUUUAGGCGGACAGACAAGUAUCAGGCCAUAUUGGAGAUGCUACUUUCCAAAUACCCAAGCUAUAAUCUAUGUUGUUGAUUCAAGUGACACAGAUAGGCUGGUGAUAGCUAAAGAAGGAUUUCAUGCAAUCUUGGAGGAGGAGGAGCUAAGAGGAGCAGCUGUUCUGAUUUUUGCAAAUAAGCAGGAUCUUCCAGGUGCACUUGAUGCUGCUGCAAUUACACAGUCUUUGGAGUUGCACAAGAUAAAAAACCGACAAUGGGCUAUUUUCAAAACAUCAGCGAUAAAAGGGGAAGGUCUCUUUGAAGGUUUGGACUGGUUGAGUAAUGCCCUCAACUCUGGAAGCGGCUAACUCUUGGCAUGGAGAAUCAGAAGCAUUGCAGCUAUACGAUCCAUCCUAAUGGUGUCUGCUUUAGCAUGAUGAUCUUAUUGUAAUUUGAUCCGUGGAAAAAGUUGACCUCCUGAAAUUUCUGGUUAUUAUUACUAUUAUUAUUUUUUGGGCCUAACAUUUGGUAUACCUAUUCUUGGAGAAAUAGUUGUUAGAACUUGGGUGAUGGGCGCGAUGGAGCUAUGGGCAGCCUUUGAAGAGUCGUUGCCGUUGGUGCGAAGUUUGUUGCUUAUCGGAACUCCUCCAGACAC